CACACCUACCAAACGGGAGCAAACGUACCACAGUCUGUCCAAGAACGUACGAAAAUGUUUUUUAACGUGUCGUUCAGUACAAACAGUUCUGCAACGUAGCAAACGUUCAAGUGAACUGAACGCACUUCUGUUGUGAGAGGACGGAACAGGAGGGAAAAAAUUAUCCACGUCUAUCGAACGCUUCCAGUGAGGGACAAUUACACGGAUAUUGCCAUUUCAAUUGAGGCUUUUAAAGGGAAUACACAUUCGAUUUUCUUAAAGAAAAUAACGGAAUUCAUAGUGGCGGGGUAAGUGUAAAUCCCAUUUACAGGACAUAUUUGUUCAAGGAAGGGAAGAAAAUGGAGUUGGAGGACGGAGUAGUGUACCAGGACGACCCGGGGACAUCGGCUAUGAUGUCGGAGCGGGUAUCGGGCCUGGCCAACUCCAUCUACCGCGAGUUCGAGAAACUGAUAGGAAAAUACGACGAAGAUGUGGUGAAAGAACUGAUGCCGCUCGUCGUGGCUGUGCUGGAGAACCUGGAUUCGGUGUUCGCGGAAAACCAGGAGCAUGAAGUGGAGCUAGAACUGUUAAAGGAGGACAACGAACAGCUCAUCACGCAGUAUGAACGGGAGAAAGCGCUGAGGAAACACGCAGAGGAGAAGUUCAUGGAGUUUGAGGACAGUCAGGAGCAGGAGAAGAAGGACCUUCAGAACCAUGUGGGCAGAAUGGAGUCCCACUCCCGCCAGCUUGAGCUCAAGAUCAAGAACUAUGCAGACCAAAUCGGCAGGAUGGAAGAGCGAGAGUCUGAGCUGAAGAAGGAGUUCAACUCACUCCAUCAAAGACACACAGAGAUGAUACAUAACUACAUGGAGCAUGUAGAGAGGAUCAAGCUCCACCAUAUGAGUGUAGUAGAGACUUCAGACUCUGGAACUGUGGGCAGAGUCAGGAAAGAGCGUCCCAUGUCUCUGGGUGUCUUCCCCGUGUCAGCAGGGGGGACAGUUCUGACCCCUGACCUCCAGGCCAGGUCUGAGACGCCGGGCGCAGAGGCCUGGAGGUUCAACGACCUGGAACAUCCGCGCUCCAAUGCCAGCCUCAAGUUGGAUGCAGACGACCCCCCAGAGAAAAGGGAUGGUUACAGUACGCUGCAGAUCUCUUGGGGGAAUUCUCUCCCAGACGACUGCAAGGACGAGCUGUCGGACCUUGGCUCAAAGUCGGUCACUCCCAUGUCCACCACGGCCUCGGACGUCGCCAUGGAGGGGGAGGGGCCAAACAGUAAGAGCAUGGAGUUGCUGGCGGCACUGGGGAACAGGUCAAUAUCAGUGGGUUUGCCAGAGAACGAGGAUAGCUCAGAGGUGCAUGACAUCAUUGAGUCCACCCCUGAACUGGACAUGGGCCUCAGUGGAUACAAAGCAUCCAGCACCCCGACCACAGGAGGCAUUGGCAUUGAGAACAUGGCGUUUGACCGCAACACAGACUCUCUGUUUGCGGAGCUGUCGUCUGCAGGCAUAGGGGACGUCAUCGGAGACGUGGACGAGGGGGCCGACCUGCUGGUGGAGUACUCUGGUAUGGGUCGUGAGGUUGAGAACCUGAUCACGGAGAACACACAACUAAUGGAGACAAAGAACGCUCUGAAUGUGGUGAAGAAUGACCUGAUAGCGCGGGUGGAUGAGCUGUCGUGUGAGAAGGAAGUGUUGCAGGGGGAACUAGACGCUGUGACACAGACCAGGAAAAACCUGGAGGAGAAGAACAGAGAGCUGGAGGAGGAGCUCAAGAAAGUGCGUGUGGAGAUGGAGGAGGUGAAAGGGAAGCCAAACGAGGAAGAGGAUAGUGACGUUCCUACAGCCCAGAGGAAGAGGUUCACUAGGGUAGAGAUGGCUAGAGUCCUCAUGGAGAGGAACCAGUACAAGGAGAGACUGAUGGAAUUACAGGAGGCUGUUAGGUGGACAGAGAUGAUCAGAGCCUCCAGAGAAAACCCUUCCCUUACUGAGAAGAAGAAAUCCAGCAUCUGGCAAUUUUUCAGCCGCCUCUUUAGCCCCUCCUCCUCCAGCACGGCAGUGAUGAAGAAGGCGGAGUCCCAGGGGAGGGAGGUGAAGUACACGCCCCCUGCAGGAGGGGGAAUGAAGAAGAGGAGCAGCACCUUCUCCCAGUUCCCCACCGAGAAGUCCAAGGCCUUCGACUUCCUCAACGAGGAAAUGGACCCGUGCGCCUCUCCGUCCCGUAGGGAGCAAAAGAGGGCCCAGUACAGACAGGUCAAAGCCCACAUGCAGAAGGAGGAUGGACAGGUACAGGCCCACGGAUGGAGUCUACCCAGCAAAUCUAAGGUUGUGAACGGGGGCCCAACAGAGAACAAAGAGAAGAAUCUACCUGUGCCAGUCUACCUGAGGCCCCUGGACCAGAAAGAUGCUUCUAUGAAGCUGUGGUGUGCUGCGGGUGUGAACCUGUCAGGAGGGAAGAUCAGAGAGGGAGGGUCCAUGUUGGAAGGACAGAGCAGGAAGGGCUCUGUGAGCAGCCUGGACCAUUUAGAGACAGAGAACAAGGAGCAGGAGAAAGGUGACCAGGAGAAGGAGAAGGAGCUGCGCCUGCAGGAUGAGAUGUCCUGCAGGGUGUGGAUCUGUACCAGUACCCACUCCUCUACUAAAGUCAUGGUGCUGGAGGCCAACCAGCCCUCUGACUUGCUGGACAGCUUCUACGCCUGCAACUCACACGUCCUCUGCAUCGCCAGCAUACCAGGUGUGUUGGAGACAGACUACCCUGCAGGGGAGGAGCUACCUGUACCCCAGGACCUGGAGUCCGGGCCAGUUGAUGGCGUGUCAUUGACAGGCAGCGUGGCCAGUCUGGGCUCCGCAGGCAGCGACGGCGCCUUGGCAACGGAAGGGACCACCGCCGUCCUCCAGAUGGCCGGGGCAGGGCUCAAUGACCUCCCAGCCCAGCACAGCUCAGUGGAUCUGUCCAGAGAGCCCAGUCCUGCAGAGGAUGGGGUCCCCACGGCGGAAGAGGCCACAGAGGCUACAGAGGAGGGGGAGGAGAGCCAGGGGCUGGUCGUCAGUCAGCCAGGUAUCUACACAGAACACGUGUUCACAGACCCUCUGGGAGCCGGCCACCAUGAAUCCUCCACUGCAGACACACAGAGGGACCAGGAUGGGGUGGGUGAGGCGUCUCUUCCCGACGACAUGCUCCCUGCUGGGGAGGACGUCCAGAGGAUGAGCAGCGCCCUGCCCACCAUGUGGCUGGGGGCCCAGAACGGAUGUUUGUAUGUGCACUCUUCUGUGGCUCGGUGGAGGAAGUGUCUCCACGCCAUCAAGCUAAAGGACUCCAUCCUCAACAUAGUGCAUGUGAGAGGAAGAGUCCUGGUUGCCUUGGCUGACGGCACGUUGGCUAUAUUCCACAGAGGCCUGGAGGGACAGUGGGAUCUGACCAACUACCACCUACUAGACCUGGGCCGGCCACACCACUCUAUCCGCUGUAUGACAGUGGUGCAUGACAAGGUGUGGUGUGGCUACAGGAACAAGAUCUACGUCAUCCAACCCAAGGCCAUGAGGAUAGAGAAGUUGUUUGACGCCCACCCCCGGAAGGAGAGUCAGGUGCGUCAGCUGGCCUGGGUGGGAGAUGGGAUCUGGGUAUCCAUCCGCCUGGACUCCACCCUCAGACUGUUCCACGCCCACACCUACCAGCACCUCCAGGACGUCGACAUAGAGCCCUACGUCUCCAAGAUGCUGGGUACGGGUAAACUGGGCUUCUCCUUCGUCAGGAUCACAGCCCUCAUGAUAUCCUGUAGCCGUCUGUGGGUCGGAACAGGAAAUGGUGUCAUCAUCUCCAUCCCGCUGUCAGAAGCUAUAGGUCCUCCUCAGCAUGGAGUCUUACUGAGGGGCCUCAGGGCCAGCAAGACAGCGGGUGCAGUGCCAAAUCGCCCUGGCGGUGCCGUGCGGGUGUUCAGUGAGGAGGGCACGGAGAGCACUUUGCCAGGCAGCUUCGUGCCCUACUGUUCCAUGGCACAGGCACAGCUGUGUUUCCACGGACACAGAGAUGCAGUCAAGUUCUUUGCAGCCGUUCCAGGUCAGGUGAUCCCGUCCCCCGGACCCGGAGGGGAUUCUGGGUCGGAUGACCCCGCUUCUGAGUCGUCUGACAUGGCGACCUCUGAACCUGCCAAAACUUUCCUGGUCAUGAGUGGAGGAGAAGGCUACAUCGACUUCAGAAUGGGUGAUGAUGUAGGAGAGGUGGAUGGCAGCCUAUCGGAACCCACCAUGAGGCAGGCCACCCCCGCCAAACCAGAACGCAGCCACAUCAUCGUCUGGCAAGUCACUUCCUGCCAGGAGUGAGCCAAUCACAGACUGCCACAUCACUACUCGGUCGCAUAACCCCCCCGCAUGCCCCUCCCUUAGGUUUUAAGUUGUUAUUAUUGAUAUUAUUAUUACUACUGUGGAUGACUACAUUGUUUCUAAGGAUUCUUUUAGUGUCUGUUUUAAAUGUAUCCAUGAAUUUGGGGCCUAAUGUUUGCCAGGCCAGGUUAAAGUGAAGCAGUGAAUUUGGGGCCUAAUGUUUGCCAGGCCAGGUUAAAGUGAAGCAGUGAAUUUGGGGCCUAAUGUUUGCCAGGCAAAAGGUUAAAGUGAAGCAGUGAAGUGAACUCCUGACAAGUGCACAUGGGAUAGAUAAGUGCACUCAUUUUAAGUGCAGUGCACUUCACCAAGCCCUUUUCAAACCGUUGUUUUCACUUGCUCCAGAUAUCUGCAGCACAUUCUAGAAGUCGACUGUGGUAUAAAAGCAGCUCAGUGUUUUAAAGUAACUGUCCAGUGAAAAUCUCACUUUUAGAAGUUUGUAUUCUGUUAACUCAUACUCAAAUAAUAUUGUUGACACUUCAAAUCCCCUCCUCAAACUUGUAUCUCAAAUGGACCGUUUCAAAAAUGCUUGCUAUUUCCUCAUUGAGGAUGAUGUCAUCCUCCUGAGGAGGAUGAGCUGGCCAAUCAGCGGUCUACUCACAUAAAUAUUUUUAAUGACCGGUAUAUGCCCACACCAUUCUGUUGUUGGGGUAAGUCCACACCAUUCUGUUGUUGGGGUAAGUCCACA